CACACACACACACGGUUGUUCCUUCUGAGACCAAACACACACACACACACUCGCUCGCACACAGACACACACUCUGAUCUCUCUUCCACACACUCAACGUUUUAUUAUCCACUUCUGAUCUGAUUUUACAUGUACAUUUUGAAUUGGUUUUAUUUUUUGCAUGUUUUCAUACAUUAGUACAAUACACACAUUUGCCAAUAUGUGCCUUGUUCCAGUUGUCGUGCUGUUGGCUUUUCUGGGUUUCAGUUCCUGCAUCCAGUUUCAGGCCAACCUAAACAUGGGGGGAGUCACGGGAUGGGUGCGGUUUGACUCCACUAAUCAGACGGCGACCAUAAACGUCACCGGUACCGGAACCUGUGAUUCGUCGCUCAACUUUUCCCUGAGUGUGUUCCCUGUGAUGUUCGGCCAUUUUGCUCAGCCUUGCCUUGAAGCCAACGUAGGAGCGAGCAUCUUCAAGUUCACCUUUGAUCCAUUCUCAUCCAACACCACUGUUAAUAUGUCCGGUCUAUUUAAGCAGAGGUCAAAUCUGGAAGACCUUUCGUUGACCUUGGAGACGUGCAACGGCACUAAAGCUUGUACAGUCAUAAGCGGUCAAACCACAGUUCAGACGUGGCAGGCCAGGUUCUUCAGCUCGGUCGCCGGCGACAUUUACAUCAGGCAGAACGUCGGACAGACCCACGCCAGGGUCCUCGCAAACUUGGCAACGAUUGGUCAGGUCGGUGCUACGGCAACCAACAUCACCAUCUUGACGUCGCAGAGUUCUGCUAGAGACUGUAAGGCUCUUCUGGAUAGUCUGGAACCUUCAUCUCUCACCCAGCUUGGGGAACUGAAAGUAGGCAGCCCUCUUACACCCGUCAAGUCUCGUUUGGACCUUGCUAGCUUCAGCUCCAACACCCGCUUUGCUCUCCUCAAACUGGGGUCUUCGAGUUAUAUGUGCGCUGAGAUCAGACAAAUGAAUAGGAAGGAGGUGAGCGCCCUGGUGAACAUGAGAGGGGUCAAGGGUUACUUCCUCUUUAGGCAGGACUCGCCGUUCGAAGUCACAAAACUGAGAGUGAAUCUGACCAAUCUGGGGAGCCGGGUCGGACCCUAUCACAUCCACCACUUCCCCACACCUCCUAUGAGGUCACCGCCGCCGACGACCUGCUCCAACGACAACGUUGGAGGCCAUUGGAACCCGUUUGGGAUGGACACUAAAGAUCCCACCUACCCCUCUGGACCUGGGUCGACCCAUGACCGGUAUGAAGUAGGGGACCUCAGCGCCAGGCAUGGGUCACUAGAGGGUAAAGCUGUGAUGGAAGCAGUUUUCACAGACUUCAACCUCCCUCUGUUCGGACAGAACAGCAUAGUGGGUCGGUCUGUGGUAAUCCACCGUCCGGAUGGAACUAGGUUCCUGUGCACCUACAUAAGCUACCCAGGAGAGGUGCAUGUAGCCAGGGCUACAUUCCGUCAUCCUGUGGUGGGCAUGGUCCAGUUCGUCCAACUCAAGAGCAACCCGUUGUCUGAUGUCACAGUCUUCAUGGAUCUGUCCUAUGGGAGACCCUCUGAGACCGCUACACGUAACCACCACUGGCACAUCCACAUGUAUCCUAUCAGCUCGGAGACAGACACGGACAAGGGGAGGUGUGGGACCACGGGGACCACUGGAACCCCUUCAACGUGGACACAAAGGAUUUGA